UCUCCUUCCUUUCGCCCUUUUUCUUUUCUUCUCCCCCCUUUCUUCUUCCCCAAGCCGAAGUCCGAAGUCCGAACUCUCUCUCUCUCUCUCUUCUCUCUCUCUCUCUCAGCUUUCCACUGAGUAGAAGGCGAAUUUCCGCAGCGAAACGUUUCGGAGCAAGGAGAUCUUAGAGAUCUUAGAACUUUGAGGUUUGUUUGGAAUUGAAAUAUGUCUAAGUCGGCGGUAGAGGUUCCUCCCAGGUGUGGGUUUAGCUUCGAUCUUUGCAGAAGAAAUGCCAUGCUUUCAGAGAAGGGCGUUCAGGCCCCAUCUUAUAGGAAGACGGGUACUACUAUUGUGGGUUUAGUUUUCCAGGAUGGUGUCAUUCUUGGAGCAGAUACAAGGGCCACAGAAGGGCCCAUAGUUUGUGAUAAGAACUGUGAGAAAAUUCAUUACAUGGCACCAAACAUAUAUUGUUGUGGAGCUGGAACUGCUGCUGAUACAGAGGCCGUAACAGAUAUGGUCAGCUCACAGCUGCAGCUGCAUCGCCAUCAUACUGGUCGAGAAUCAAGAGUUAUUACAGCGCUGACCCUUCUUAAGAAGCACCUUUUCAAUUACCAAGGUCAUGUCCAGGCUGCUUUGGUGCUUGGUGGGGUUGAUAUCACUGGACCUCAUUUACAUACUAUAUAUCCUCACGGGUCAACUGACACAUUGCCAUUUGCAACAAUGGGUUCUGGUUCUCUUGCUGCCAUGGCAAUAUUCGAGACUAAAUACAAAGAAGGCCUGACUAGCGAUGAAGGAAUAAAGCUUGUAACUGAGGCUAUAUGCUCCGGUAUCUUUAAUGACUUGGGCAGUGGAAGUAAUGUGGAUGUAUGCGUAAUAACUAAGGGCCAUAAGGAGUAUCUGAGGAACCAUCUGUUGCCAAAUCCUCGUACUUAUGUCAGUCCAAAAGACUAUUCACUCUCUAAGAAGACUGAGGUUCUCUUAACAAAAAUUACUCCGUUAAAGGAGAAAGUGCAAGUGAUUGAACGAGGAGAUGCAAUGGAAGAGUGAGAGGUGGAACAUCUUAUUGGACUUUGUUGAGAACUGGGAUAUUCAUGUAGUACUUGCUCUUCUCCCUUUAGAGUUCCACAUCUUUAUUUAACUUUUAUGUGGGCUUUGCUUUCUCUGAGGAUUGAGUUAAUGUGGUUGGGCAAAGAAACUGUUUUAUUUGAACCCUCAAAUUUGGGCAAAUACUAAAAUUCUGGCUAAUUUGGCUUUGUUUUUGUUUUCUUUUGAGGUUAAAAGCUUCUUUGAGCUGGUUAGAAAAGAAACAAUUUAUUUUUGUCGCUA